GACUGUUGCUACAGCUCUGUGGGUGGGUAGAUGUGGAGUGCAGGAGAAGGGUGGCUGUAAACUGUUAAGAUAUUUUUUCCCCCUCGCCUUUGCAAAGGGAAGGAGCCGCUCUUGCGGUGCUGCAGUGGUUUUCCCGAGCCCCCGGUGAGGAGGACCUCUCCCACGAUGUCAGACUGCGAGGGACUGCCUGUGGAUGACAGUGCCUCUGCUGCAAGCAGUAUGGAGGUUACAGAUCGCAUUGCCUCUCUGGAGCAGCGUGUCCAGAUGCAGGAAGAUGACAUCCAGCUGCUCAAAUCUGCCCUUGCUGAUGUGGUCCGACGCUUGAAUAUUACAGAGGAGCAGCAGGCCAUGCAGAACAAGAAAGGACCUACCAAAGCAAGACCACUGGUACAAACCCUGCCUUUAAGGACUACAGUUAACAAUGGAACUGUAUUACCAAAGAAACCAAGUGGCUCUUUACCUUCUCCAUCAGGAAACAGAAAGGAGACUGUAUCACCAGCAGCAAAAAGCAGGUCUGUGAAUCUUCUCAAUGCAUGCAAACUGAAAAAGCCUGCUCUAAGCACCAUUAAGAGAACCAGUUCAGCUGAGCGUGUGUCCCCAGGAGGUCGGAGGGAAAGCUAUGGAGAUUCCAAAGGGAGUCGCAACCGCACUGGUUCCACCAGCAGUUCAUCUAGUGGUAAAAAGAACAGUGAAAGCAAACCCAAGGAACCAAUGUUCAGUGCAGGGAAGCGCCGUGUGACACACUGCAAAGUAACUCUACAGAUGUCACUGACUCCAAAACUGCUUGAUUCGCAUGCGAACAAGGCUGAACCCCUUGAUCUGCCGAUGGAGCAGCAAGAGCCAGCACGUUCUGAAUCUGGACAAACUUCAUCAGAAGUUCACAGGACACCCACUUUGGCCUUGCCACUUCCCAAAAGUCCUAGUCAGACCUUCAUGGCAUUUGCCAGAUCUCCUAGUUUUAUAAGCCCCAUGAAGUCCCCAAAGGAAGGAUACGUAAAAAUGUUUCUUCGUGGACGUCCUGUUACCAUGUACAUGCCCAAAGAGCAAGUGGAAUCUUACAAUUUGGAAGCAAAAGUAGAACUACCAGCCAAGAGGCUUAAACUGGAAUGGGUCUAUGGAUACAGGGGUCGGGACUGUCGCAGCAAUCUCUACCUCCUGCCAACGGGCGAGACCGUGUAUUUCAUCGCGUCUGUAGUUGUGUUAUUCAAUGUCGAAGAGCAGCUUCAGAGGCAUUACACUGGGCAUAAUGAUGAUGUGAAGUGCCUGGCUGUUCAUCCUGAUAGGAUCACUAUAGCAACAGGGCAAGUUGCAGGGACAUCCAAGGAUGGGAAACAAUUGCCACCACAUGUGCGUGUCUGGGAUUCUGUGACUCUGAAUACACUGCACGUCAUUGGAAUGGGAUUUUUUGACCGAGCUGUCACUUGCAUUGCUUUUUCUAAAUCUAAUGGAGGAAGCAGCCUGUGCUCUGUGGAUGACUCCAACGACCAUGUGCUUUCAGUGUGGGACUGGCAGAAAGAAGAAAAGCUGGCAGAUGUCAAGUGCUCUAAUGAGGCUGUAUUUGCUGCAGAUUUUCACCCUACUGAUACAAAUAUAAUAGUUACUUGUGGAAAAUCACACCUUUAUUUUUGGACGCUAGAAGGGAAUUCCCUUAUCAAAAAGCAAGGAUUAUUUGAGAAACAAGAGAAGCCAAAGUUUGUCCUGUGUGUGACCUUUUCUGAAAAUGGUGAUACUAUUACAGGAGACUCAAGUGGAAACAUUUUGGUUUGGGGGAAAGGUACCAACAGAAUAAGCCACGCAGUUCAAGGAGCACACGAGGGUGGAAUAUUUGCACUGUGUAUGCUGCGAGAUGGCACACUGGUAUCAGGAGGUGGAAAAGACCGAAAGCUGAUAUCUUGGAAUGGAAAUUACCAAAAAAUUCACAAAACUGAGAUUCCAGAGCAGUUUGGUCCAAUAAGAACAGUAGCAGAAGGAAAAGGGGACGUUGUAUUAAUAGGAACCACAAGAAACUUUGUCCUACAGGGCACGCUGUCAGGAGAUUUUUUCCCAAUUACCCAGGGUCACACUGAUGAGCUUUGGGGACUUGCAGUCCAUUCCUCUAAGCCUCAGUUCUUCACAUGUGGACAUGACAAACACAUUACACUCUGGGACGCAACCACUCACCAUCCUAUCUGGGACAAGAUUAUAGAGGAUCCAGCACAGUCUUCAGGUUUUCAUCCUUCAGCAUCUGUUGUUGCAGUAGGGACACUGACUGGAAGGUGGUUUGUGUUUGACACAGAAACAAAAGACUUGGUCACUGUACACACAGAUGGAAAUGAACAGCUGUCUGUAAUGCGUUAUUCACCAGAUGGAAACUUCUUAGCAAUAGGUUCCCAUGACAACUGUAUUUAUAUAUAUGGUGUAAGUGAAAAUGGAAGAAAGUACACUAGAAUUGGCAAAUGUUCAGGUCAUUCCAGCUUCAUUACUCAUCUGGAUUGGUCUGUUAAUUCACAAUAUCUUGUGUCUAAUUCAGGAGACUAUGAAAUCUUAUACUGGAUCCCCUCUGCUUGUAAACAAGUUGUGAGUGUUGAAACAACUAGGGAUAUAGAAUGGGCCACUUACACCUGUACUUUAGGAUUCCAUGUUUUCGUUUUGAAGGAUCCAGUUUCCCCAGCGUAGUCUGGAGCCUUGUACUCAUUCUAUAAUAUGUGCAGAACUGGAUAGAUGGUUACAAACACUGAGUAUGAGAAGCUUCAAACUCUUGAGUCCUCAAGAGGAAAUAGGAAGCCAUGGUAGAAGUUCAGAGAAGGGUCUAGUUUAGUAUAAGUGGUAAGCAAGGAAUAUUUGCAGCCAUGUUUCAAGUAGAAUAGAUUGCAGUGAUGUGUUUGAAGGCAGCCAUAAAGGACAUGUUUUCAGUGCCUGAAGAUGCUAUGGCAGUAGCAGUAUGCUGGGAAAACACGUUCAAAUUUUCUGUCAUUUAGCUGACAAGCAGUGCUUGGAUAUCACUUGGAUAUCACAGCAUGCAGAUUAAGUAAAAGCAGGAAAUUCUGGAAGAUUGGCUGCAUGUUGGCAUAAUGUAUUUUUCAUUUAAGGGAUAGAGGCCCUUAAGGAACUAUAAAAAUAUUUCUGGGGUUUGAGUACACCCUACACAUAGUUACAGAGCUACAAAGUCUUUGCAUUUAACAUCACAGGUUCAGAUACUCUGAGAUACUAAAUACUUUAUGUGAGGGUUCCUUACUUUUUAAUUCAGACUCCUGCAAUAUACAGUGCUAUUAUAAUCUGGGGCUGCUUUUGGUGCAUAGAAAGUCAGAGGAGAGAGGCAUAUCACACUUGAGAGGGAUUCUUCCCAUUCCUUGCAACAGAUCAGCUUUUUGAGACGAAAUAAUCUAUGGAGGGGGGAGGAGAGAUGACUUUGCUAAAGCUGAAGUGUUACAAAACCCAACACUUUAAAAAUAUUUCUUUAAUAAAAGACAUACUACAAUUUGAUGAUAAACCCAGUUAAUGUCUACUGCUUUCAGUAGGGAAGGAGUAGUUUUGAAAGUUGAAAUAAGUCAGGUAUUUUCUAAGUAUUUGAGUGUGAUCAACCUCGUUGUAUCGGUAAAAACAAUUGGUUACUGUCAUCAUGAGACCUUUAGUACUUAUUUUCAACACCUCACAGAGAACAGGCAAAGUACUGAGAAACUGCAGAAUGAAUGCAAUAUCUGCAGGAUCAUAUAUCUACACCUUCAGAGCCUAUAUGGAGAGGCUAAAGAGCAGGGUGGCUAGAAUAAUAUAUUGAAGAAGCACAUAGAUAAUGAGUUGGAAACCAAACCAUUUUUAUUGGAAGUCCAUCUGUACUUUGGGGCCUCAGAGCAGACAGUUAGAACAGUCUUCACACGCUUACUGGGAUUGCUUCACUGGACACAGAAACUGCAAUCACAGCAUCCAGGAUGUGAGGCUUCUAGUGUAUUGAUUGUUCAGUAGCUAUGGCUGACUGAAACUAGGGAUGUUUCCUCUCUCUGGUAGAACCACAUAAAAAUCCCAAAUUAUGCAUAGCACAUGCAGAUCAGCAUAACCAAUGCAGGGGGAAAAGGGAACACUGGUCCCUUGAACACCUGUCUUUGAGCAUGGGAACAGAUUAGUCAGUCUGGAAGAGUUUAGAGAUGAUUCAAAUGAAAAUCAAUAUCAUGUAAAAAAUUGUGCUUGAGGGAGGAUGUUUUAGUGACACAAACACAUAAAUGUGAAGGAGCAAAGACUUUAAAACACUUACUGAUCUAUAAGCUCUUUCAAGAGCCAUGUGCUGCUGGAUACACAAGUAAGGUAUCAGUUCAUAGCACAUGUCCAGUUUUGAAAAAAAUAGCAUUUGAGGUCAAGGACAGGAACAGAAGAAAUCUAAGAUACUCUACAAAGCCUGAUAAUGUUUCAAGCAAAGCAGAGGUCAGACUGGUUGUAUUCAAAACCAACUAGAACACUGUAAAUUGAAUAUUAUGUUUGUUUGAAUAUAUUUACUAAUAGCAUGCGUGAUAAAUCAGCAUGUAAAGUUUUUAGGUGGUGUAAAGCUGCAGGAUUAGCAAGUUGUCUCGAGAAACAGCAGAGUGGUGUGAAAAAAGGAAGGAAUUCAAUAGAGCCAAAGAGGAGGCUCCUCACUAGAAUGGCAGAACCCAGUUGUACAAAUGCAGAACAGAUGAGAGCAGAUCUGUACAGAAGGAUCAGAUUACUCUUGCAUACAAACUAAACAUGAGUCAACAGCAUUAUGCUGUUGUAGGAAAGGAAGAUACAUUAGUGGGAUGUGUAAUGAAAGGGAUGUCAUGCAGAAUGUGAAGCUGAAGAAUGAAAUCAUCCAUUUAUCAGUAUUGGCUUCAGUCACAGCUGGAAUGGCUGCUGCUGUUUUUUGCGCAUUGGACCAACAGAUAAUGUGCUGACUAGCAAGAAUAAUUAAUUAUCCAUCUAAAUAUUGUUCUGAGAGAAGAGAGUAAUGAAUGAAUUCUAGAGAAGAGGAGGAGAAAAUAGCAUGGCAUCAGUCUUCA